GUCCUUAAUUCAUUCCGUUAAAGCUGUUUUGUUUCAGUCUCCAACACCAACCACUCCUUCACUUAACGCCAUGAUCAUUCAAACACUUCAUUCCAGCCCAACCUUCCAUGGCUUUUCUAGCUUCCACUCACACCUUUCUUGCUCUUCAUCAUCAUCCUCACCAUUCCUUGCUAAACGCUUUCUCUCCUUCGUUCCAUUCCCUUCAAGAAAUCCCCUUCUCAAGUUCAAUUCCACUUCAAACGACAGCACUCCGGACCAAGGUUCGGAUUCAGCCUUAUGCAUGCAGCAAUCCGGUCCUUCAUCUGUUAGAUUGGGAGAUACGGAUUAUCUCCUUGAUGCUCCAGAAUCUGUUGGAGAUGGCUUCUCUUUUAGUGGAGGAAAAUAUUCAGAUGAGCCAAGUCCAAGUGAUGAGUGGUUUAAACAAGGGAAAAUGGUUAAAGCCUAUUCAAGUUCUGGCAGUGGCGAAAAGGCAAAAGAUCCAAUUUUCGGGCUCACUAUGGGUGCUGGUUCUCAAGCUAGUAGCGAUUUUUUCAGAUGGUUUUGUGUUGAAGUUGGAAGUGCAGAUAAUCCAUCAGUGAUACUAAUCCAUGGUUUCCCUUCACAGGCAUAUUCAUAUCGCAAAGUUCUUCCAGUUCUCUCCAAGGACUAUCAUGCCAUAGCUUUUGACUGGUUAGGAUUUGGGUUCUCUGAUAAGCCUCAACCAAGAUAUGGAUUUGACUACACACUGGAUGAAUAUGUGUCAUCAUUGGAAUCGCUUAUCGAUGAACUUGCUGUUACUAAAGUCUCACUUGUUGUUCAAGGAUAUUUUGCACCAGUUGUAGUUAAGUAUGCCAACUCUAAUCAGGAAAAGAUCAAGAACUUAAUACUCCUUAAUCCACCUCUAACAGCCCAACAUGCCAAGCUUCCUCCAACAUUAUCCAUUUUCAGCAACUUUCUGCUAGGUGAAAUAUUUUCACAGGAUCCAUUAAGAGCCAGUGACAAAGCUCUAACAAGCUGUGGCCCCUAUAAAAUGAAAGAAGAAGAUGCAAUGGUUUAUAGAAGACCCUAUCUCACAUCUGGCUCCUCAGGUUUUGCACUAAAUGCACUUAGCAGGACCAUGAAGAAAGACCUCAAGCGGUAUGUGGAGGAUAUGCAGAGAAUACUCAAAGACCAAAGUUGGAAAGUGAAAACAACAAUAUGCUGGGGACAAAGGGACCGUUGGUUUCGUUAUGAUGGAGUGGAAAAUUUCUGUAAGGAUUCCAAUCAUACACUUAUUGAAGUUCCAAAGGCAGGACAUCAUGUGCAAGAAGAUUGUGGUGAAGAACUUGGACAACUUAUUUAUAAGACAAUAAGAAGAAGGGACUACAUAUGAGCAUAUUUCCAAAUUUCUAAUUAAAAGAAAAAAGAAAAUUUGUUUCAGGGUCGCUAUUCUUCUAGUGAAACCUUUUGAAUUCAAUGCCAAUCUAUUAGCAAUGUAUCUUAUCCAAAAGUAAAUAUAUAUACUUACCAAAUUUUAAUUUUUUUAACUCCGAAAAGUGGAAAUUAUGAUA